AUGCCAAGCAAAGGAGUAUCCGUCUACAGUUACAUCUCAGUCGACGGCUACGAGGUCGAGUUCACAGUCCCCGCAGCUUCCAUCCUCAAUACCGCCGCCGACAACUUUACGCCCAAGAACCUCGAGAUUGACUUGUCCGAUAUUCCAGGUCUCCACUGUGUCGGUCGAUUCCAAUGGUCCGUUCUCUUCCAUGGCAAAGUCAUCGCCAGUGCCUACAACGACAUCAACACUCUGACAGGAAAGCUCUCUGGUGGAACCAUGACCGCAACAGUCGACUUUGCUCCCAUCCUCACCGAAAACGCCAUCAUUACCUAUGGAUUCUAUGCCGCGGGUCCUGGAGACUUCGGCCUUCCCCACCGCCACCAGUGCUAUGUUACCAUCUGCUCCAAGGAUAAUAUCGCCUGGAUGGGCGCUGUUGCCCCACCUGGAUCGCCUGCAGCCCAGAAACCCUUCUCGCGUUUUGUUCUGGCAGCGCCUCACGACAAUGGGAUGAACAGCAUGACAACCUGUGACGCAUUCUUUUCAGCCGCCAAUGUAGACAUUGUCUCCGAUAUGAAAGAGCACCUCCCCUACUUGCGGUUCUUUCAACAUCUUCCAGACAGUCUCCUCCUCCGCCGACUGCCCAACAUCGUCUAUGGAGUUGCCAUCACCCAAAAGAAAGAGAUCCCACUGAUGCUCCAAUUGGGUGCGCGCUAUUUCGAGUUCCGUCCCGCCAAGCUACUACCCAUCAUCCGCAAGGUUUCUUCUCUGCCCGACAAGUACUAUUUCCAGCACUCUUGUAUCCCCGGCUUAGCUUUUGACGAGUUCCUAUCUCAGCAGACUGCAUUCCUGGACGAGAAUCCAACCGAGUUUGUAGUCAUUCAUAUCCGAUGGGAUGGCGUCGUGUCCAAAUGCGAGAGGCCUUCCCAACAAGUCAUCGAGGACAUGCUAGACGAGGCCUGCGGUCAGGCCACGCAACGUCCUCUACAAUGGGGGGGCCGAGAGUGCUUCUCACAGUCGAUCGAUAGUCUCCGUCACAACGGCACCCGGCUCAUCUGUGUUAUCGAUGCCGAAAAGUACGAUUCCUGGACUGCCAAGGACUACGCGACCCUUACUCCAGACACCAUUCUUGCAAGAUUCGAAUCUAUGAACACCGAGGGUCAACAGUCAACCGAUUUGACUAUUCUCCAAUGCCAGGCGACCUCUCAAUCAAUUAAGGAGGUCCUUGUCUACUCGGUUCUCAAGGCCCAUGCAGCAACAUCAUGCUUAACAUCGACCAAAGCCCACCUCGACUGCCAGACGCUGCCGUGGAUCCGCGCAAACGCCCUAGAUCGACUGAAGGCAGAGAAAACUAUUGUAGUGAUGAACGACUUUAUCGACGGCGCCACUACCGACACCACCAUUGAGCUCUCCAGGAGGCGUUUGGCUCUAGAGAGCGAAGACUCCGAAGUGGUCGAUCAACCAGACCGGUAA